AUGUCCCAAAAGGCCAUAUCGCAACGAGGCAGCGAGACCGAGGUCAAAUCAUGGGGAUUCCCCCACGUCUUUACCUGGACCGACGGACCAAAUGCGCACUAUCCCCCGCACUCGCAUCGCGGUCUGACAACCCAUCUGAUCCUCCGCGGCGACCUGACCAUCACGUACCCCAACGACGAGAGGCCCGAGAAGGUUACCUAUGGCGUUGGUGACCGUAUUGAUGUCGACGCCGGCCGCGUGCAUGAGGUCUGGAUUGGCGGCGAGGGCUGCACCUAUGUCAUUGGGGAGUGA